AACCAAUUCUGCUCAGCCCAUCCUAUCCGCAUUUCUGGUGUCCUCGGGAAAGAACAAUCCUCUUUUAGUCUCCGUGCUUUUGCCAAGAUCCUCCGCGGUUUCCCUCAGGUCGGUCUGAAUUCGUCGCUUGCUGAAGUCCUGCGCGUUCCUGGAACUCGGUUCAAAUGCUUUUGCUCCCGUGACUUUCUGGAUUUUAACGCUUUUCGGAAUGAAGAACUCCUUCCUCUAACUGCCCGCUUGUUGCCUCUACUUGGUUUUAACCGGAUUCCAUCCUGCUUUGACUCCUGCGUUGCUUUUGUGUGUGUCCCCCCACUCUUCGCGGUUUCUUCUUCCAGGUUCCCUCUCUCAUACCAGGUGGCAAUAGGUUUGGGACUUCUGAACAUCAUUUUUGUAUGUCUCCUGCUUGUCCAAUGGAUUCACUGCCAGGGUUCCAGUCGUACUAGUUGUGCCAGUUGUUGCAGUUGUCCAGACCUCUUUAUGAAGAAUGGUAACUACUGUUAUUACUUCUCAAUGGAGAAAAAAGACUGGAACUCUAGCCUGGAAUUCUGCCUGGAUAAAGAUUCACAUCUCCUUGAGUUCACAGACAGACAGGAAAUGAGCCUGGUUAAACAGUUCCUCAAAGAUGAUUUUUACUGGAUUGGUCUGAGGAACAAAGCUGGCUGGAGGUGGGGAGAUGGGUCACCCCUAAACAUCUCAAGCAUCAUUUUAAACAACUUGAUCCAGAAGUGUGGAGCCAUCAAUGGAAACGGUCUCCAAGCCUCUAGCUGUGAAGUUUCUUUACCGUGGAUCUGUAAGAAGUCCAGGGAUAGAGCUAAGAACGUUUGAACUUCAAAGUCCUUGAGAGUUCUUAGCUGAUACCAUCCAAGCUUCAGUCAAACUAACCCAAAUGAAGACAUGGACUCCUAGGACAACUCCAGAGCUCUCUGUGAACUCCUGAGGCUUCUGUCCCUCCAUCCAGAAAUAAAUGCUUUCAAUACUUACCACAAAGAAAAUAUAGAGACUGGGUAU